AUGAUAUUGCACGUGUCGAUGGAUUACACAAGAUUUGAGCUGCGGAGACGUGUGCUAAAGAAAGAAAGAAACAGCAUUUCCAAAGAGAAGAAGUUGAAGAAAUCAAGAAGUUUUGGUAUACUGCAAACAUGGCUGCACCUUUGUCUGCUUGGCCAUGGGAAAUCUUGGGCAGUUUUAAGUACAUGCUUUAUGGACCUUUUCUUGCAAGAAUACUUUACACAAGAUAUCAAGAUGAAACCAUCAAGAGCCCUAAUUGGAGUUGAGUUUAAGCAGAUUGACAAAGAAUGGCACUGGGACAAUUUUAUCUUGCUUCAAGCUAUUGUAGCUGCUUUAGGGUUUUCCAUGUUUUCAGAUCUUGAAACACUUGGUGUAUGGAACAAAAAGGGAAUCAUGGUAGCAUUAAUGCUACACGUCGUGGUUUCAGAGCCCCUUUACUAUUACAUACAUAAGUGUUUUCAUGAAAAUAAGUAUCUUUUCAACCAUUAUCAUGCAGUGCACCAUUCAUCACCUGUACCACAAGUCUAUACAGCUGGACAUGCUACAUUUUUGGAGCAUCUUUUGUUGACAAUUGUGAUUGGAAUUCCGAUCAUUGGUUCUUUUGUGCUAGGAUAUGGAUCGAUAAGCUUGAUCUAUGGCUAUGUGUUGAUCUUUGAUACGCUGAGAUGUUUAGGUCAUUCCAAUGUCGAAAUCAUUCCCCAUCAGAUAUUUGAUAAGAUCCCAUUGCUUAGAUAUAUCGUUUAUACCCCAACAUACCAUAUUCUACAUCAUGUUGAAAUGGGAACCAAUUAUUGCCUUUUCAUGCCUCUUUUUGAUUCACUGGGAAACACUUUGAACAGCAAAUCGAGGGACAUGCACAAGAAAAUAAGUCUAGAUUCAGGUAAAAACUCUAGAGUUCCCGAUUUUGUGUUUUUAGCACAUGUAGUAGACAUGUCAUCGGCAAUGCACGCGCCUUUUGUGAUGAGAUCUAUAUCAUCUAAGCCUUACUAUACAAGAAUUCAUUUGAAACCGUUCUUGCCAAUUUCUUUUUUGGCGAUGCUAAUUAUGUGGGCCAAGUCUAAGACAUUCUUAAACUCAUUCUACUACCUUAGGAAUCGGUUGCACCAAACCUGGAUUGUCCCUCGUUUUGGUUUCCAGUAUUUCUUGCCAUUUGCUGCAGAAGGCAUCAAUAAACAAAUAGAAGAGGCAAUACUUAGGGCUGAUAGAUUGGGAGUUAAAGUUAUUAGCCUUGCUGCUUUAAAUAAGAAUGAGGCUCUGAAUGGAGGUGGGACUCUAUUCGUGGACAAGCACCCAAACCUUAAGGUUCGAGUGGUCCAUGGUAAUACCUUGACAGCUGCCGCGAUCCUCCAUGAGAUUCCUGAGGAUGUGACUGAAGUAUUUCUGACUGGAGCCACUUCCAAACUUGGAAGAGCCAUUGCCCUUUUUCUUUGCAGAAAAAAUGUCCGAGUUCUGAUGCUGACUCUAUCCACUGAAAGAUUUCUAAAAAUUCAGAAAGAAGCACCAGCUGAUUGUCAGAACUACUUAGUCCAUGUGACCAAGUAUCAAGCAGCACAAAACUGUAAGACAUGGAUAGUUGGCAAGUGGAUCACGUCAGGCCAGCAAAGUUUUGCCCCAUCUGGAACAAAAUUUUAUCAGUUUGUGGUUCCAGCAAUUCGUGGAUCUAGAAGAGACUGCUCUUAUGGUACUCUUGCUGCCAUGAAGUUGCCUGAGGAUGUUGAAGGGCUAGGAGCUUGUGAAUAUACAAUGGAAAGAGGAGUAGUGCACGCCUGCCAUGCCGGUGGAGUGGUUCAUUAUUUGGAAGGUUGGACUCACCAUGAGGUCGGGGCCAUAGACAUUGACAGAAUCGACAUAGUAUGGAAAGCUGCAUUGAAACAUGGUUUGAAGCCCAUUUCCAGUAUCAGAAAAAGGGUGAAUUAG